UUUGAAGACCCGUAGAAGAAGGCGUGCCUAGUAACGCGGUUGUCAGGAACAAGUUGUGGAAAAGCGUGUACAACGAUAAGAUUUGUUUAUCUUUCUGCCUUAUAUACCAGCGAAGUUUAUGAAAGCGUUUCCUAAUGAUUCAUAUUUUGGGUUUUAAUAUCGGUUUUGACUAAGUUCAUCGUCCUGGAGCUCCUUCGUUUUUUCGCUUGGGUGGAGUAUUUUUCUUCACCCUUCUGGGGAACGUCUCGCUUAUCGUCUCCAGGUUGACCACGGGAUUUUAAGACCACCGUUAAAGUUGUUAUGGGUACGGCAUCCUCUCUGGUGAGCCCUGGUGAGGUGAUUGAAGAUGCGUAUGGUGGCGAAGGAGGAGAAGCAUGCGAGAUACCAGUGGAGGUGAAGCCAAAGGCACGCCUGCUGCGGAGCUCCUUCCGUCGUGGGCCUCGUGUCAUCGGUGCCAGCUUCAAAUCCACCGGAUCUGUGGAACUGGAGUACGCAGCGGAGUAUGAGCGCCUCAGGAAAGACUACGAGAUCUUCAGAGUCAGCAAGAACAAUGAAAUCACCUCCAUGCAAAAGAAAGAAGCUAAGCUGGAUGAGGAAAACAAGAGGUUGCGGGCUGAGCUGCAGGCUCUUCAGAAGACUUACCAGAAGAUUCUUCGAGAAAAGGAAAGUGCCUUGGAAGCAAAAUACCAAGCCAUGGAAAGAGCUGCCACUUUUGAACAUGACAGAGACAAGGUUAAACGACAGUUUAAGAUAUUUCGUGAAACUAAAGAAAAAGAAAUUCAGGAUUUGCUGCGGGCAAAACGAGAUCUGGAGUCAAAACUUCAACAGCUGCAGGCGCAAGGCAUUCAGAUUUAUGACCCAGCAGACUCAGAUUCUGAUGACAACCACACCACUGUUACUACUGCAGGAACUCAAUGUGAAUACUGGAGUGGUGGUGUGUUGGGCAGCGAGCCGUCAAUGGGCAGUAUGAUGCAGUUACAGCAGACACACAGGGGUCCGGAAUUCGCUCACAGUCUUAUUGACGUGGAGGGGCCGUUUGCUAAUGUCAGCAGAGAUGAUUGGGAUGCGGCGGUGGCCAGUCUUCUGCAGGUUUCUCCUCACGUCUCUCAGUCUCUGUGGAGUAACACUGUCCGCUGCUACCUCAUAUACACACACGAGACCAAAGCAGAGCUGCAGACUUUCAUUCAGACUUAUUCUUUAAGGCUUCGGAGGUUUUGUGAAGGUUUGGGUCAUUUUUACCUGAACGUGUCAUUUCCUGAGGAGAAGGCUGCUGUGUUUGCUGCUGAACGCAGACGAGAGAUGGAGAGGAGCUCUGUGUGUGUGCUGCUUCUCAAGUCCUCAGUGUCCAGCUGUGUUGUGGAGGAUGUUGAGGAAGCGUUUGUGAAGACCCCGGAUGCUCGACCUCUCUUGCUGUAUUUGCGAACUGCCGACAGAAAAGGUGAAAAGGAAGAGGUGUCUACUCUCAGCCCAGCCACCAGAGACCUGCUAGAGAGAGUGAACAAGGCUGACAGAAGUGCCAAACUUAAGGUAGUGGAUCACGCUGGGUCUGUGGAGGAAGGAGCUGCUCUUAUCUUCUCUCAGCUGGAAAGAAUCAUAAAACAAGAGUUGUUGGGAUUGGAGUUAGAGGAGAAUGGAGUGGUGGAGGAAAGAGAAGAGGAAGACUCUGGUGAUGUGCUUUGGGAUCUUCAUGAUGAGCAGGAGCAGAUAGAGGCAUUUCAGCAAGCUUGCGGCGCUGCUGCCAGAUUCAGCUUUCAAAAGUAUGUUGACAGACUCAAUGACAUGGUAGCUGCCCCUCCACCCACUCCUCCGCUGCUGGUAUCUGGUGCACCUGGAUCAGGCAAAUCCCUUUUGCUGGCUAAAUGGAUAGAGUUACAGCAGAAACACUCUCCCAACACCCUCAUCCUUUAUCAUUUUACGGGACGUCCUCUCUCUACCAGCACAGAUCCUGUGCUUAUCAUUAAACGCCUCACAGUAAAGCUCCUCCAGCAUUUCUGGUCUAUUUCCGGCCUUUCAAUGGACCCUUCGAAGAUCCUCGAAGAGUUCCCACGCUGGCUAGAGCGACUGUCUGCACGUCACCAUGGAAACAUCAUAAUCAUCAUUGAUUCCAUUGACCAAAUACAGAAUGCUGAGCGCCACAUGAAAUGGUUGAUUGAUCCGCUUCCUGCUAAUGUGCGAGUGCUGGUGUCGGUUAAUGUGGAGACCUGCCCACAAGCAUGGAGAUUGUGGCCCACACUGCACCUAGAUCCACUCAAUCCCAGAGAGGUAAAGAGUGUCAUCAGCACGGAGUGUGUGAGCGUGGAUAUCAAACUCAGUAAAGAUCAGGAGAAGAAGCUGGAGAAACACUGUCGUUCAGCAGCAACAUGCAACGCACUCUAUGUCUCACUACUGGCCAGACUCAUUACACACUUCAGUACCUCUUGGACAUUGGACAGAACUCUACAACAGUGUGUAAUGUGUCAAGAUACAGUAUCACUCUACAGACUUGGGCUGAAGGUAGCACUGGACUCACUAAACAGUGAUCAGGAAAAACACAUCAUGAAAGAGUUAUUGUGCCUAGUUUGUGCCAGCCACAACGGCAUCAGCGAAUCAGAAGUCUUGGAGCUGUUCCCAGACCUGACUUUCCCUGCUCUCAUCUCAAUGCUACACAAUCUGGAGAGGCUUCUCAUUAUUACUUAUGCCUGUGGGCUUAUACGGUUUCAGCACUCACAGGCAUGUGAAGGGGUCAACCAAGAGUUUCUGGAUGGUGACAAAUGCCGUGGAUCCUACAGAGAGAAAUGUAUUCGCUUCUUCAGCCAGCAGUUGGAGCAAGACCGAGUUACCUGGAGAGUGGCUGAUGAGUUACCAUGGUUACUGCAGCAGCAGGAAGACCGAAGUAAACUUCAGAUGAGUCUGCUUAACCUGUUUGUGUCCCAAAACCUCUACAAGAGGGGUCAUUUUUCAGAGCUUCUUGCAUACUGGCAGUUUGUGGGUAAGGAUAAGUGUUCGAUGGCGACGGAGUAUUUCGACGCAUUGAAAGAGUUUGAGAAGACCUGUGAGAGUGAGCAGAGCAUGAGCCGGCUGGCCAACCUAUACGAAACACUGGGACGAUUCCUUAAAGAUCUGGGAUUGCUCAGUCAGGCUGUGGCCCCCUUGCAGCGCUCCUUGGAGAUCCGUGAGACUGCUCUGGACCCCGACCACCCAAGUGUGGCUCAGUCCCUGCACCAGCUGGCGGGGGUGUACGUUCAUUGGAGGAAAUUUGGAAACGCAGAGCAGUUGUACAAACAAGCUAUGGAGAUUUGUGAAAACGCUUAUGGCCCUGAACACAGCACCGUCGCAAGAGAACUAGACUCGCUUUCACUGCUCUACCAGAAACAAAACAAAUAUGAGCAGGCUGAAAAGUUGAGAAAGAGAUCCGUCAAGAUCAGACAGAAAACAGCACGACAGAAAGGCCACAUGUAUGGUUUCGCACUUCUGAAGCGACGGGCACUGCAGUUAGAGGAACUGACACUUGGCAAAGACUCAACAGAUUGUGCCAAGACUCUAAAUGAGCUCGGCGUGCUGUAUUACCUGCAGAACAACCUAGAUGCUGCUAAGUUGUUCUUGACCAGAUCUCUGGAGAUGCGUCAACGUGUGCUGGGACCGGACCAUCCCGACUGCGCCCAGUCCCUGAACAACCUGGCUGCGCUCCACAGCGAGAGGAAAGAAUACGAGAGUGCCGAGGAGCUCUACGAAAGAGCAUUAGACAUCCGGAAACGAGCGCUGGCCCCAGACCACCCCUCUCUCGCUUAUACCCUCAAACACUUAGCCAUGCUUUACAAACGCAGGGGGAAGCUGGAAAAGGCGGUUCCUUUAUAUGAACUAGCUCUUGAGAUCAGAGAGAAGAGCUUUGGGCCCAAGCACCCCAGUGUGGCCACUGCUUUGGUUAACCUUGCAGUGCUCUACUGCCAGCUGAAGCAGCACAGUGAUGCAUUGCCUUUGUAUGAACGCGCUCUCAAGGUUUAUGAGGACAGUCUUGGUCGACUGCAUCCUCGUGUUGGAGAGACUCUAAAAAACCUGGCUGUGCUCAGUUACGAAGAGGGUGAUUUCGAGAAGGCUGCUGAACUCUACAAGCGAGCAAUGGAAAUUAAAGAGGCCGAGCCAUCUCUGGUGUGCGGUAAGGCUCCUUCCCGUCACUCAUCUAGUGGUGACACCUUUAGCAUGCGGAGCCCCGCCCUGCCAAAUGCAUCAAGGUGACACCGGACCACACAAUACUUAAAUAAGAUGAACUCGGACCUCAUUAAAAAGCCAUAUCGACUACACCUGCUGUGUUUAGGCCUGUGGUUGAACACCUCUACGUGGAAAUACAGAAUAUGCAGGACACAAAAAACUGUUCUCAUGCCUACUGAUGUUUUGUUUAGUCAUUUACAUCAUCAGUGUUUUAAUCUAAUCUUCACUGCCACUGGGCGUAAAAAGGAAGCGCUUUAUACGUAAUUGUGAUGUCUUGUCAGUCAGAAAUCUGUUCAAUCAGCAUAUCAGUGACAUUUCAAGUGCAUUGCUGAUAAAAUGGAAGAUGUCUAAAGUCGUUUUGUAAUGUCUUCAUGAACAAAACAGUGCUAAAUGAGAAAAAGCUGCAUUUAAAAAGGGAGAUCUAAAGAUAUGACUUCAUAAUUGCAAGGUUUAGUUGCUACCAAACUGCAAGUUCACAAUUUUAAAAACAUUUUAGGAUUAGGAGAUCUUAAUCGUAAU